AUGGCAUACAAGGCAGAGGAUAAGACGACCUUCGAGCGUAGCAGAGUGAUUCAGCCCAUCUACACCGGCGGUGCUGUCUCACUCCGCGAAGAUGGCAGCAUCCUGGCGUCCAGCAUUGGCGAAGAAGCUCUUCUCACCGACCUGAACACUGGAGCACAUUUGGCACGCCUAGAAGGCGAUGGCGAACCUCUCACAACCCUCACACUCACACCUGAUGCGUCGUAUCUCAUACUGUGCUCACGAUCGCGUGCUAUGCGCAUAUAUGCGCUGCGCGUCUCGGAUCCUGAUGAGAGCAUAGAGGCAAAGCUUGUACGAACACUCAAGCCUCAUUCCACGCCCGUGGUGGUACUUGCGACGGAUGCGACCAGCUCCCUUCUGGCCACUGGUGGUGCCGAUGGAGUGGUCAAGGUCUGGGGUAUUCGGGGAGGCUUUGCGACACAUACUUUCCACGGCCACAGUGGAGUCAUCUCCGCAUUGCACUUCUUCCAAGUCGAUCCAGAUGCCGAGCAGCAGUCUAGCAAGAGCAAGAAGAGGAAGAGCAAGCAAAAGAACCACGAAGCAGAACCUGUACACGACGAUGCGACGGCAGGGUAUAGGCUGGCUUCGGGAGGCGAGGACGGCCGAGUCAGAAUCUGGCAUCUACACAAGAGGAAGAGCACAGCAAACUUAGAGUCGCACGGGUCGGUCGUGAGGAGUCUGGACUAUUCGCCUGAGCAGAAGCUAUUGCUUUCCGCGAGCAGAGACAAAACAGUAAUACUGUGGGACUCGUCAACAUGGCAGACUGCCUCUACGGUAGCUGUUCUGGAGACCGUGGAGAAGGCUGGCUUUCUGGAGCAAGGACGCUUCGUCUACACAGGCGGGGAGACUGCGAGACUGCGGAUAUGGAGCACGCAGGGUGGGACCGAAGUAACAGAAGAUCAGGAAGCGGGUGCCGAGAUUGAGGGCAUACUGGACGUCCUGCAUCAUACGAAUUUGCCGUACCUCGUGACUGUGCACGCAGAUCAAACUCUUGUCUUACGGUCACUCGAGGCACUCCCGAAACACAGCAAAUCGUCGGCACAAAUACCGCCGUUGCCUGUCCUCAGACGCAUCAGUGGCACGCACGACGAAGUCAUCGAUCUUGCGUACAUUGGACGGGAUCGCAACCUGCUAGCUCUGGCCACAAACCUGGAGGACAUCCGACUGAUUUCGCUGGACACGAAUGAUCCUUCCACACCAUACUUCGGUGCCGACGUGGCAUCACUCAAAGGACAUUCCGACAUCAUAAUUACAAUCGACACGGACUGGUCAGGACAUUGGUUGGCGACAGGCGCAAAAGACAAUACCGCUAGAUUAUGGCGGCUGGACCCAGCGAACAGCUCUUACACGUGUUAUGCGACAUUCACAGGUCACGCAGAGAGUAUCGGCGCUGUCGCCCUACCGUCUGCAGCACCUCAGCUGGGCUCGAAAGAAUACGAUCGACCACUGGAACACCCACCCAAGUUCCUGAUCACCGGCAGUCAAGAUAAGACUGUAAAGCGUUGGGACAUCGGUAGCCAGUCAGGCAAGGUGCCACGAGCCGCAUAUACCAGAAAGGCGCACGACAAGGACAUCAACGCUAUCGAAACCUCACACUCGACUACUACGCCACUAUUUGCCUCAGCCUCGCAAGAUCGGACUGUCAAGAUAUGGGAUGUUGAAAGUGGCGAAGCAGUCGGUGUAUUGCGUGGCCAUAAGCGUGGUGUCUGGACUGUGGCAUUUUCGCCGCCCACUAUGCCAGCUCUCACCACUACCGGUGAGGGAGGAGCUGCAAGUAGUGCUAAGGGCAUGGUAGUCACUGGAAGUGGUGAUAAAACUGUCAAGAUCUGGAGUUUGACAGACUACAGCUGUUUACGCACAUUCGAAGGACACGCCAACAGUGUCUUGAAAGUGGUCUGGCUACCACCGCCUUCAAAAGGUGGCAAGGAUAGACGAGGUGUGCAAGUCGCAAGCGCGGCUGGUGACGGCUUGGUAAAGGUAUGGGAUGCUCAGAGCAGUGAGUGUGCAGCGACGCUGGACAACCACAUUGAUCGUGUCUGGGCACUGGCUGUCAAGCCCACUGCUGCAAGCGACAAGAAGGACAAGACCGUGGACGAUGAUGCGGACGAAGAAGAGGACACGAUCGAGUCAUCUCUCGAACUCGUAUCAGGAUCUGCUGACAGCACGCUCACCUUCUGGCUGGACACGACCGCAUCGACAGCACAGGAAGCUACCACGAAAGCGACUGCUCGGAUCGAGCAAGAUCAGGAACUGCAAAACCACAUCAGGUCUAACAACUUCCGGGAAGCCAUCGUGCUCGCACUGCAGCUAAACCACCCCAAACGACUUCUCGAGCUCUUCAGCACGGUCGUGAACGGACCUCAAGAAGCCGGUAGUCUCACCGGCCGGAUCGAAGUCGACGAAGUCCUCGCCUCCCUCAGCGAAGGUCAAAUCUGGACCCUUGUACGACGGCUUCGAGACUGGAACGCAAACGGCCGAACCCACCACGUCGCACAACGAGUACUCUACGCUCUUCUCCGGACGUUCCCCAAGGAGAAGAUCAUGGCGCUGAACAGGAGGCGCAAGUCUGCUGCGACGGACACGGACGAGGCACUCGCUGGUGCGAUGGCGGAGCUGAGCACGAAAGACAAGACGCAGAGUAAAGAGAGUGUCAAGGAUGUGGUCGAUGCGUUGAAGGCGCAUACUGAGAAGCAUUAUGACAGGUUGGGCAAGACGAGUGAGGAGAGGUUUGUGCUGUUGUGGGCGUUGAAUCAGAUGGAUGAUGUUGCGGCACCUGUUGGAGGUUUGACGAAUGGUGUUAAUGGACACAAGGGGGAUCAUGAGGAGGACGUUCUGAUGCUGGACGGUGCAUGA